CUCCUACCUGCAGAGGGAGGAUCCAGGAGAGCUGCCAACUUGUGACAGACGCGGUGCUCCACUGACACACAGCAGACUUUACAGGAAGACACUCCAUACAGCCGACAUGCCUGGGUAUUCUGAGUUGGAGAAAGCGAUUAACACUCUGGUCAGCCAGUUCCACUCGGCCUCAGCAGACAACAGCCCAACACUGAAAACAGAAGAGUUCAAAGGUCUUUUGUCCUCCAACAUGCCAAAUCUGGUGAAGGGGAUCAACACAGAACAGGGACUGGGAGAGAUUCUGCGGAAGAUGGGUGUAGCAGAUGGAGAGGGCAUCUCUUUCAAACACUUCUGGAGCUUAAUCGAGUCAGUCGCCUCCAACCAGCAUAGCCUCCUCAGCCAGGCAGGUUCAUCUUGCAACUGCAUCCUCCUGUGAAGGGCAGGCUUUCAGCUCGUCGGCAAGCUUUCUAGUCUGGAGUUAAAAAUUGAUCUAUCUUUCAUACUUACAUUUUAAUCAAUAUAACAAAUGUCCAAUAUUAUUUCAACCACAACAUAUGGUUUCCAACCCUGAUCAAGGAAGGGGCUUGUUAUAAAAUCAUGUUAUCAUGUCGUAAUUAUCAUUCCCCUGUCACUGUCAUGAAAUCACAUUUUUUGAGAUAAAAUACAACUGGAAAGUAUACUUAAUUAAACAAUAUUUUAUUAAUCCCCAGAUUUUUAUGUUGUUCAUCUGCUGGAGGUGAACAAUCUGAAGAAAAAACAUGUGCAUCUGCCAGCUAGCCCAUCAUGCUCAAGAUUAACAUUGACAGAUAACACAAUAAUGUCAUUUUGCUACGUUAAAAAAACUGAAAUUUAUAUGUUAUUGUUACAUUGUUUUAUCAUAAAUGUUAACAUAUCUAAUCACACAAAUUGAAACCCUUCUUGGUUUAAAAAUAAAAACAUUUUAGUU